UUCAAACAGCCCACUGUGUGAGAAGCAGUGGAACUGUGGUCGGGCCCCUGCCAGCUGCCAGCUCUUUUUCAAGGGAGCUGGCUCAGCCUCCCUCUGCUUCUGCAGGAUUGGACCCUGCUGCUCCUGGCUGCCUCGCCCCACUCUCAACAUGAGCCGCAUGGCUGGAGGGGAGAGAAGGGGCUUUAGAAAGGACCACGAGAAGCAGUAUGUGGGGUUCGCCACCCUUCCCAACCAGGUGCAUCGGAAAUCUGUGAAGAAAGGCUUUGACUUCACCCUCAUGGUGGCAGGAGAGUCAGGCCUGGGUAAAUCUACUUUGGUAAACAGCCUGUUUCUAACGGACCUCUACAAGGACCGGAAGCUUCUCAACGCAGAAGAAAGAAUCAGUCAGACAGUUGAGAUUGUGAAACACACGGUCGACAUUGAAGAGAAGGGGGUGAAGCUAAAGCUGACGAUAGUUGAUACUCCUGGGUUUGGAGAUGCUGUUAACAACACAGAAUGCUGGAAGCCUAUCACAGAUUACAUCGACCAGCAGUUUGAACAGUACUUCCGCGAUGAGAGUGGCCUCAAUCGGAAGAAUAUCCAGGACAACCGAGUGCACUGCUGUUUAUACUUUAUUUCUCCCUUUGGCCAUGGGUUGAGGCCGGUCGACGUGGAGUUCAUGAAGGCUCUGCACGAAAAAGUUAACAUUGUACCCCUCAUCGCCAAAGCCGACUGCCUCAUCCCCUCGGAGAUCAAGAAGCUAAAAGAGAGGAUCCGGGAGGAGAUCGACAAAUUUGGAAUUAAAGUUUACCAGUUUCCAGAGUGUGAUUCAGAUGAAGAUGAGGACUUCAAGCAACAAGACAGAGAGCUGAAGGAAAGUGCUCCGUUUGCAGUCAUUGGAAGUAACACCGUGGUCGAAGCUAAAGGCCAGAGGGUACGCGGGCGCCUCUACCCGUGGGGCAUCGUGGAAGUGGAAAAUCAAGCACACUGCGACUUUGUGAAACUGCGGAACAUGCUCAUCCGGACGCACAUGCACGACCUGAAGGAUGUCACGUGUGAUGUCCAUUACGAGAACUACAGAGCACAAUGCAUCCAGCAGAUGACCAGCAAACUGACUCAGGACAACAGGAUAGAGAGUCCGAUCCCGAUCUUGCCCCUUCCGACGCCGGAUGCUGAAACGGAGAAGCUGAUCAAAAUGAAGGACGAAGAGCUGCGGAGGAUGCAGGAGAUGCUGCAGAAAAUGCAGCGCCAGAUGCAAGACCAGUGAGAGGAGCCGCGCCAUCGAAGGGCAAAAGGGGAACCAUCCUUUUUGCCUUCUGCAGUUUGGCAGGACGUGCGGACACACCAGGAAGGACUUCCGCAUUGCAAAAAAACAAACAAACAAACAGAAAAAAAACAUAUGUGAACAAGGGUGACAACGUCUCUCAUGUGCUCUCUUGUCUAAUCCGAUGGUAGCCAUGUUUUCUUUAGCAGGAGGUUGGAGCGAAGGGAGAGGAGAGAGGGUGGCGUCCAGUUUAUUAAGGAGCCCCUCCUGUCUUCAGAAUAUUCCCGUUGUUCCCCACUCUUUCCUAGAUGUACUAAACUCUUGUGACAGAGUGUUUCUGGUAUUUAAAGAGAAAAAAAAAUCAGCGUUUCUAUGGCAUAUGAAUUUUGAGGACUCUGUGAAAAUGCACGUAAAUGUUUACUCCUAA